AACAAAACUAUACAACGGCUGCUCUGUGUUUUAGCUGCUUCGUUUUACUGACACGCUGAACUUCACUUAGAUUUUUGGAUUCUGUAUUUAGUUCCAACAUGAGCAACGAUUACUACGAGACUCUGGAAAUUAACAGGGAUGCAACAGAUGCAGAUAUCAAAAAGGCAUAUCGACGUCUUGCGUUGAAGUUUCAUCCGAGCAGCAACAGAAAUCCUGGAAGCAGCGAGAAAUUCGUUCAGCUCGGUGAAGCCUACGAUGUUCUGAGCGACCCUCGAAAAAAGGCAACCUACGACAAAUUUGGUGAGGAGGGUCUAAAAGGUGGCAUCCCACCUGAGUUUGGCAGCGGAGGGGCCUGGUCAUCAAAAUAUGCCUACCACGGGAAACCAGAUAAAACAUUCAGGCAGUUUUUCGGAGGCGACAACCCGUUUGCAGACUUCUACACAAAUGAUGCACCGAUGCAGUUGGGAGGCCUGCAGCCAGGAGUGGUGAAGACACAGGAUUCUCCAAUAGAGAGAGACCUUCAUUUGUCCCUGGAUGACCUCUUCCACGGAUGCACAAAAAAGAUUAAGAUAUCUCGGCGGGUUAUGAAUGAGGAUGGAAACACAUCAAGUAUCAGAGACAAGAUCCUGACUAUAGCUGUAAAGCCUGGGUGGAAAGAAGGCACAAGAAUCAUUUUCUCCAAAGAGGGAGAUCAGGGACCAAACAGCAUCCCUGCAGAUAUUGUGUUCAUAGUGCAACAGAAGAGUCAUCCAAUGUUUGUAAGACAACAAAAUGACCUGAUCUACAAAGUCAAGAUCUCUCUGGAGAUGGCGUUGACUGGCUUCUCUGUGGAUGUGCAGACACUAGAUGGCAGGCUGCUCAGGAUUCCUAUCAAUGACGUAGUGCACCCUACAUACAAAAAAAUGCUGACUGGAGAGGGAAUGCCGCUGUCCCAGGAUCCUUCCCAGAGAGGAGACCUCAUCAUCACUUUUGACAUCCAGUUCCCUGAGAAGCUCUCGGCUGAGAGCAAACAGCUGAUCAAACAAGCUCUAGCAUUUAAAAAUUGAUCCCAUUUACAUAAAUACCUGAUGUCAUUUCUGUCAUGAAAUAGAGGGAUUGAUACAAUAUGGAAUACUUUGAAAUAUACCUUGAGAGACAAUAAAAAUAAAGCUAAUUUUAUGCAACACAGCUGUGGUACAACAUCAGCCUUCUGGCUAUAGUGGUUAUACAGCUGUGCAGCUGUGAUUCGCUGCCAUCAUGGCUCGUUUCAGCUGCUCAUAUGUGACAAACAUCACCACGUUCCAGGAGCCCAGGCGUAAGAAAGAUGGCAUGAACCUCAAGAGAAAGAAAACAGAAGAGCAUGAUUUAUUACAAUCCAUUCAUAAUAAUAGCUGUCACUUUGUUUAAAGCUGUUUACAGCCUCCCCUAUGAAUAUUCAAUGUACUGUAUAUCCCCAUUAAUCCUUUCAAUACUGUCCAUGCAGUCAUUUCUUACCCCUUAUAAAAGGCAAGUGGUCCCUCUUGGGUCAUCAUAGCAGCAGCACACCUGAGGACGCUGCUGUACUGGCCAAGAGCAGAAUUCAUAUAUCUUGUCUUGACCACAUCCACAGGGGAUGCGAUCACUGUGGUGCACAGCCCUGCACCAAAGGCCGACACAAAGUGGCAGGGCAGGUUAUCUGUGGAGGACGGGCUCAGAGUUACACUCUAGGAUGGAAACACUUCAGGACUAUAUCACACUGGGAGCAUGUGCGGUGGAAGCCAGUUCUACCUGUCAGAGCUGUGGACUUAAGAAGCAUAUCCUUGAUGAAGUCAUAGGUCACCAGCUCUGUGCAGUUAACAAUAGCAUUACGUGCAAUGUUUGGAGCGGUACCUGCAUGACAGAGUUUCAGAGAAAGAUUUAUAAUAUGAAACAAAAGCAUAAUCCUUAAGAUACACUUGAACCUGAGCUACCUUUCCACAGCCCACGAACACCCUCUUCCUUAGCAAUGGUCCUGUAAGCGUCAAUGGUGCUGCAGUAGCGUCUAGCAUGUCCACCAGACCUGGCCUGAGCCUGGAAGCGGACUUUCACCACAUCUGUGGGCUGAGCAAAAGCAACUGCCAUGGCACCUGUGGUGCAUCCUGCAAGCAGUCGACUGCCGAUGCCAACAUCUGAACCAGAGAAAAGGGAGAUGUCAAGCCUGACUGGAGCAAGGCUCCAUCAGCUAAAUUAGAAUACAUUUAUAGAUACUCACGAUCCGAGCCUUUAGUGUAGAACUGCUUAACAGAGUCAUAGAGACCAAUCCUGACAGAGGCGAAGCUCAUCUGCCUCUGGAGUCCUGCCACCAGCCCACUGUAAAGACUCCGAGGUCCCUCUGUACGCACCAUGGUAGUGAUGGUGCCAAACACUCCACGAUACUUCACUGCAGGGCCUGUAGCUGUAGCUGCUGAGGCUCUGGCCUCUCCUUGGAUCUGUCGAGGACAUAAUGGAAUCAGACUCGGGCUAUUCUAUUUACCUGCUGUGGUCUGUAGGUGCUAAAGUGUUUUAAAGAUUCACAUUUAUCCACUGUAUAAGCAAUGUAUAUAUUAAACUUUGAUAUUUGCACUGAGCUGUUUCUACCUGCAGCCGCACUUUGGCGGUGUCCAGGGGAAAGGUGAGCAGGUCUGCAAUGCAGGCUGCAGUUCCUGCUCCCACAAACUUUAUAGCUGCUGAAGGAGGCACAUCUACAGGUGCAAAUCCAACCAUUUUCCAAAGUUAUUUUGAUCAGUGUAAGGAUGGCUUCUUAAUGAGGAUAGGACACAAAGCUCCUCCAAAAUCUGAAAAACAAAUGAUAUUCCACACAUAUUACAUCUAAAGAUAAAUGUAUUUCAAGUUCAAGUUGCAUAAGAGUCAUAGCCUGCCCACCAGAAGACUACUGCUUUAUUUUAUGGAUCUGCCUUUAUUUACUUGUUCCUAACUACUAGUCACUGUACUAAUGGUGCCUGCAGCUGGUGGGAGUCACAGGCUCAUUUAACAACCCCAUUUAGAUAAAGCAACAUCCUUAAGUUGAGGUUUUAGUGAUGCUGAAUUAAAGACAGCUGUUUGGUACAUUGUGCGCCCUCUCAUGCACCAAAAAAGCUUUGCAAAUUCAACAGUAGCAAUACACAAUUUCUCACAUUUUACUCCACAACCUUGUAAUUAAUAACUUUCGUGAGCAAACCUUACCUUGCUUGGAGCACUUUAGGACAGAAACAUUAGAGACCAGGAUUCUCUAAAGGUGUCUCUUUGGCUGAAUUUUGUCCCAGCAAUGAAUUGGUUUCCUUGUUUUUCCAUAGAAGAUUUUUCAAAAGGGAAGAGCCUUAAAAUCAUACUCCUGAAAAACAGAAAACGGCUCAAAAACACCAUAGCAAUGUAACACAGCUUGAAAACAAUUAUUUCAAUAUUCCAAGAAAGUCAUAUGAAACAUUUUGAUUGUACCGUAACUUGAUAUGUGAAAGCUGAAAUGCCUCUCGGCGUAAAUAUCCAAAUGAACCGCUGGAUCUGGAGCGAUAAAUGGGCAGCAUGCAGUACUGUGAGGAACAGAGCCUCUCUUUAAAUAAUGCCAUGAUGCUGUUACAUCAUGGCAUGUGUUACUGGUGGGGCUCCUCCCCAGUCAUAUCUAUGGAGGCUGCCUACUGGUCAGACAGACAGACUAUAAAUGUCUUUUGUGACAAACAGGCUGUGGUUGUACUUGUCUCAUGCACACAUUUGUUUGUCUUAAUGGCUUCAUAAUUCAAAGUUUCACCUUUAUUGUGUCCCCACACCAACAGCAAUAGCAGAAUUAUUAAACUGCUUUGUUUUGUAAAAAUAAAAUGUUUCAUCUAUAAAUCAGAAUAUUCCAACUUGCUGAAAUUAACUUCAUUAAGUCAGUUGUUUGUUUAGAGGCCUGUACAGUAUUGUCAGGCUUUUAGAGUAGAUGCUGAGUCAUGAUGAAAACACAAGAACACACAGUACAUUGCAUGCUAAAUGAGAGCCAUAUGUUCAGGCGGUUCAUGGUCUCACCACAUUUUUGUUUAAACGUGUUCCAUGGCUUGUUGUUCCUGCACCCAUUAGGUGUUAAACCAAAGCAUACUGUUAAUUCUGUGAAGCAGACAGAAGCACCAAGUUUUAGUUUUUAUUUUCAAUACAUCUUUUUGCAAACAAAAUUCACACGGUAUUAUGUAUCUGAAUAGUGAAAUUUGUAAGCAAAUAUGUUCCCUUCAUAGGAUUAUACAAAGUAAUGCUCCAUUGUAUUAGCGACUACAGCUUGGUACAUAUGAGGAAGAGUUGUCAUAGUUGUUGAAAUGUAUGGACUGUAAAGUUGUAACCUCGGGUACAUGUUGUUCUAUAGAUGUAGCUGUACAAUGGUGCUGUGUUUCUAUUUGUGUCUGACCCAGUUGUAAAACUUCCCGCAACAAAAGCAGGUGCAAAUUUUCCAAGACCCUUGAAACAAAACAGCAUUUAUUCAGAAGUACAGUCUUUAGGGGUUUAAUUAGUGAUCGGAGAGUCAGGUAAUAUGUCUGCAUAAUCCAGUCAUGUAAAUGAUCAAGUACAAAAACAAAAUAAUCAUUAAGUCAUGCAUUCAUUCAUUCAUUCAUACAGGUGACAGGAGAGUUUGUUGUUUUUUUAUUUGGAAUCUAAUAGUCAGUAUAAUCUCUGUCAGUAUCAUAGACUGGAGACACUCAUCGAGCCUGAAGUAUAAGAUGUGAAAUAUAUUCUAUUACGGUGUCCUAAGACUUUCAAAUGCUGAUUUCUGCCACAACAAAACUUAAAAAUUGAAUACGUAAAUCUCAUGAUGUGAAUCACAAUAUUUAAACUGCAUUUAAGAUUAGAUAAGAUGAGAUAAGAACUUUAUUAAUCCCAAAGGAAAUUCUUGUGCCAGGUAUCGCUAAAAAAACAAAAAUCGCAAACCAUAAGAAAUGUAGUGCCUAACGGCAAAAAGCAAAAUAUAUAAGUACAAUACAUUACUGAAAUGAAAUAUUUCAUCAUUUUAUAUAUUAACACACCUAUCAAAGCUUCGUUUAAACAGAAUGACAGACAAAAGGGGAAAAGAUUAUCACUUUAUUAAUUAACUUUGACAUUGUUUUCAUUGUGCGUGACGUGACUCAUCGACCAGCAAUAAAUCAUACAGUUGCUAACAAGAAAUAUUUACAUUUAACUAUAAAUCCCUGACUAAGUACCACAAACAAUGGUGAACAGUGUAAACAAUCCACAAUACAGACAACAAUGUAAAAGACAAUAAAAUGGUCACUGUUUAGCUCACAAACUUGCCUUUGCUUUCAUGGGAAACCCACAAUAACUUAAAUAUUACACCUCCACCAUAACAUUAAUAAUGCGAUCUUUCAGUUCAUCCUCUUAAAGGUCAAAGUCCAUCUUCAGACAGCUGAUCAAGGUUUCAGUGUAGAGACGAGAUAAAAAUCUUGAUUAAUAUAUCACAGCCAUCUUUUACACCUCAAUGAGCUUCUUUGUAAUGGAAGCACUGACCAUCACAUUUCAUAAAAUGUCUCUUUAAACUCCAAUCCUUGAAUCUUUCUGGUAUUGCAACGAUGCCCCAGAAGUGUCUCUGACGCAAGUCCGUAUUACAUAAAGUCCACCUCUGAGCCAUGUCAGUAAUGCGACCAUUGGCCCUGAAAGCAUUUGGCGCUCUCCUUUGGGCCUCCUACAGGUCUCCUUUCCCAACCCUCAGUCACCACUGCAUCAUGGUGUUUGUUGGACCAUUGUGUCUGAACAGCCCUGAUUAACAAAAAAGUCCAACAAGCUGCGGUCAAAAUGGUGACUCCCAGUACUGCUGUGCUCUGGUCAUACCUCUUUUAAUUUGUUCAUAAGUCACAAACAUCACAAUGUUCCAGGAGCCCAGUCGCAGGAAGGAAGGCAUGAACCUAAAGGAAGCAAAGGAAAGAUAGUUAAAGAAGUGUCCCAAAGAUUUUUUUUCAAUGCUGUUUGCUUCACUGACACAUUAAUGUGUGUUUACCCUUUGUAGAAGGCUGUAGGUCCUUCAUUCUUCAGCAUUGUGAGAGCACAGUUGACUGCACUGCUGUACUGACCAGUUCCUGAGUUCAUGAACCGUGUUUUCACCACGUCCACUGGAGAUGCCACCACUGUUGUGCAGAAACCUGCACCGAAGCCAGCUGUGAAAUGACACGGCAGGUUGUCUGUGGGAGAGUAGAGGCAAAGUCACAACCUGGAACAGUAUUUGAUGGUUUGUAUUUUGAAUGGAUAUGUAAGAAAGUUUCUCACCUGUCAUUAGAUCGUACUUCAGAAUGAGUUCUUUGAUCAUGUCAUAGGUCACCAGCUCUGCACAGUUCACAAUGGCGUUACGGGUGAUGUUUGGACCUGUACCUGCAUGACGGAGUUAGGAAGAAAGAUUUGUCAUCUGCCUGGAUGAAUAUAGAAGAUAGUUGCUUCAAAUCAGUGGAAGGUAUUCUCAUGCUUAAUUGACAUUUGAAGCCAACAAGUGUGGCAAGUACCUUUCCAAAGGCCCCGCACGCCCUCAUCUCUGGCGAUUGUCUUGUAGGCUUCCAGAGUGCUGUUGUAUCUCCUCCCACCGUCAGCCAGUCGGACCUGGGCUUGGAAACGCACCUUCACCACGUCUGUUGGUUGCGCGAAAGCCACAGCCAUGGCCCCAGUGGUGCAGCCCGCCAUGAGGCGAGUCACAAUCCCAGCACCUGUGCAGCAUGUAUGUUAGUCACAAUGAAACGUCCAUAUUCAUGAAGCACAAGGGGGACCUGAUACUCACUCUCCGUUCCGCGAGUGUAGAAUUGCUUCAUGGAAUCAUAAAGGCCGAUUCGGACGGAGGCGAAGCUCAUUUGCCUCUGGAGUCCUGCCACCAGGCCGUUGUAGAGACUCCUGGGCCCUUCGGUGCGCACCAUGGUGGUGAUGGUGCCAAACACCCCCCGAUACUUCACUGCACCGACCCCUUCAGCUUUCUGAGACUCUCCUUGAAUCUGAACCAUAGAAUGACAUCAAAGGACUCUUAGCAGCACAUUAAUAAAGGCUUUAAUCAGA